AUGGCGACGCACCUCAAGGUCGCGAUAAUCCAGCUCUACGCAGAGCCCGUCCAGCCCGCGAGGAACUUUGAGCGCGCGGCCGCCUUCAUCCGCCAGGCCGCCGCCCAGGGCGCCCAGCUCGCCGUCCUCCCAGAGUACCACCUCUCCGGCUGGGCGCCCGAGCGGCCCGGCUUCGCGGACACGGCGGCCCUCGCGGGUGAGUACCUGGCGCGGUACCGGGCCCUCGCGCGGGAGCUGCGCGUCGCCAUCGUGCCGGGCACCAUCCUCGAGCCCGUGGACGUAGAUGAUGACCGUUCCGAGGGUAAUGGCGCGGGGGCAUCCACAGGCGCCGCUGGUGGUUCAGAGGCGCAAGCAGGGGAGAAAGGCAGCGGCAUGCUCAACACGGCCUACUUCAUCGGCCCCGACGGCGCCAUCAUCGCGCGCUACCGCAAGAAGAACCUCUGGCACCCCGAGCGCGCACACCUCGUCCCCGACGCCGCCAGCCCGCACUCCGCCUUCGACACCCCGUGGGACUUCCGCGCCGGCAUGCUCGUGUGCUGGGACCUGGCCUUCCCCGAGGCCUUCCGCGAGCUCGUCGCCGACGGCGCGCGCGUCAUCAUCGUCCCGUCGUUUUGGCUCGCCGACGAGGGCCCCUCCCCGGACAUGAACCACGGUGACGGCGACGAUGCGCAGACGAUAGCCACCAAGGCUGCGACGGAGCGCUUGUUCGUGGGGAGCGCGUGCGUGACGCGCGCGUUUGAGAAUACGGCUGCCAUCGUGUAUGUCAAUGCCGGUGCGCCGGCGGGCUUGGCCGAGGGGGCGGUCGAUGGGCAGGGUUAUGAGUAUCUGGGCUUGAGCCAGGUGGCGAUGCCGCUCCAGGGCGCGCUGGGCAAGAUGGGGCCGCCCGAGGGCGUCAACGUGGUCGACAUAGAUUUCAGUGUGCUCGACAAGGCCGAGGAGGCGUACAAGGUGCGCGAGGACAUUGCACGAGAGGGUUGGCACUACGUGAGAACAUUGUCCGUGGGCGGGAAGCAGGACGCCUGA